CUGACCUCCGCACGGAGGCGGGGUCACCUUUAAGGAGCGCUUCCGGGUCAAACAUCCGCUGGGGCGGAAGGCGCUGAUUCCAGGGAGGCUGACCUCCACAUUUAAUUUUGAAGGCCUCAGAACACCUUGGACCACUUCUUUGGAAAACCUCUACCAGCAACAAGUCAUUCACUGCGAACCUGUUCAGCAUAGCCACGUUUGAGUUUUCCAAGUCUUAAACAGGACUGCCUUUGAUUUUCCCAUGAAGCUGCAUCACUGCCUGACCGUCUUACUGGUGGUCACUCUUGUGCCAGCUGCUCAGGUUUUGGAAGAUGUGGCUCCACUGGGAGCAAAUCAGAGUUCUUACAAUGCAUCAUUUCUCCCGAGCUUUGAACUCUCAGCAGGUUCCUACUCAGGUGAUGAUGUCAUUAUAGUCAAAGAGGGAACAAAUGUUUCACUGGAGUGUCUUCUUACGGUGGAUCACUAUGGAGAAGUCCACUGGUACAACUCAAAAGGACAGCAGCUACACAGCAGAGGUGGAAAAUGGUUGGUUUCUGAUAACUUCCUAAAUAUCACCAGUGUAGCCUUUGACGACCGUGGGCUCUAUACAUGUGUCAUCACUUCUCCAACUCGGGCCUCCUACUCAGUCACCCUCCGUGUGAUCUUCACCUCUGGAGACAUGAGUGUCUACUAUAUGGUUGUCUGCCUGAUCGCCUUCACAAUCACACUCAUCCUGAAUGUCACUCGGCUGUGCCUGAUGAGCACCCAUCUCCGCAAGACUGAGAAGGCCAUCAAUGAGUUCUUCAGGACUGAGGGGGCUGAGAAACUCCAGAAGGCCUUUGAGAUUGCAAAGCGUAUCCCUAUCAUCACCUCGGCCAAAACCCUCGAGCUUGCCAAGGUCACACAGUUUAAGACCAUGGAGUUUGCCCGCUAUAUUGAGGAACUGGCCAGAAGUGUCCCACUCCCACCCCUUAUUCUGAACUGCCGGGCCUUUGUUGAGGAAAUGUUUGAGGCUGUUCGAGUGGAUGACCCUGAUGACAUGGGAGAGAGAAUUAAAGAGAGACCUGCUUUGGAUGCUCAAAGUAGCAUCUAUGUGAUUAACCCAGAGCUAGGCCGAAGUAACUCGCCUGGUGGAGAUUCAGAUGAUGGCUCUCUAAGUGAGCAUGGACAGGAGAUAGCAGUACAGGUGUCUGUCCACCUUCAGUCAGAGACCAAAAGCAUUGGGACAGAUUCUCAAGACAGUAGUCAUUUCAGCCCACCCAGUGAGCCUGCAUCUGCCGAGGGCAGCAGUCACCACAAAGAGUGAGCACAUGACAAAGUGGCCAAGGUCUCCCUUUAACCUUAAGCACACCACAGCGUGAAUUGCCAAAGGCAUUGUGAAAAGGCAGCAUUUUUCUGAUGUUUGGUCAUUUUCCUUAAGAUUGCUGGAAUGAUGUGUGUGUGAAAGGUAUCCGGGCUUGAGUAAGACUUCUGGUCACAGUUUUUCUUUGGCUCAUGUGUGACAGACACAUUGAAGUCUGAGUUUCUCCAUCAACAGAAUCAGUGAUUUGUUCUCAUUGAGUUGAGACUUCAACCAAAACUUCUUACCUAUUGCACCUCUAAGUGAGUCUUUCACUAGACCUUUGGUCCAUCCUUUAAGACUUUAUUCUGCACUCUAGCUGUCUACACCGAUCCCAGACAUGGAGAUUCUCUGCCCUGGGGAGUGAACAUGUGCUGGUGCAGAUCACAGUGAGGCACCACUGUGUCACACAGAUCUAGAAAGUAAGUUUCAACUAGAAAAUCACUCUCACUGGGGGUGGUAGCACACACCUUUAACUCCAGCACUCUGGAGCCAGAGAUAAGGCAGAUCCCUGAGUUCCAGGCCAGCCUGGUCUAUGGAACAAAUCCAGGAUAGCCAGGGCUACACAGAGAAACACUGUCUCAAAAACAAAUAACAAAAAAAAAAAAAAGAGAGAGAGAGAGAGAGAAGAAGAAAAAACCACUCUCUUCGUGAGAAAUGUAUUCUACUUGGGAGUACAUCCUGUCUUUUUAGCUUACCAAUACCUUUAGUCCAUCGAGGCUGGCCUUGAUGUCCCCAAGGGAAAAUGUUUUUGGUGUUUUGUGAACAAGAACUAUGUUAGGUCACCUCUCUGGAGAAUCAUCAAUUUUGAUACUUUUUAAUAAUGUCUCAGGCUUUCUCUUUUUAAACGUACUAAAUUCCCAGGUGGGUUCUGUGUAGGUCUAGAGCUGCAGAAUCCGCUUCAGUGCCCAGCAGCACUCCCACCCCCUGUGGUCUUCAACCUGGUGCUAAAGGUCAUAUGCCUCUUCUUGUCUUGUUGAGACUUGGUGGUGGUGGUAUUUUGGUUCUUCGGAUUUAUUCAUUUGAGUGAGGGCUCUUUUGUAGCCUUUCUCGAAGCAGCUACUUGAAAUCAGAUGAGAUCAUUGUGCUCAGUGCAUUAUUAUAUUAAAACACACAAUCCAGACUUAAGGGGGGGAAUGACAAGUGGCGGUGCUGCCCGCCUCAUCCGGGUACAGUGAGCACUGAGACUGGCCCUUCCUGCUGGCUGAGAGUGACAUGACAGAUUGUAAAUAGUCUUCACAAUCAUUUCCUCAGCUGCAGGAAGCUCAUGCCAUAGAUUUUUACCAUCGAGGCCACGGAGCUCAUUGCAACGCUUCACUUCAUUUGGCUUCUGGUUGUAGGAAAUUUGCUUGAACUAGGAGGUCCUGAGGGAAAUGGCCAGAGGAGGUGUUCAUCGGAAUUGAAUUUAAAGAGUCAAACAAACAGGAGAGCAGGAAAUUCACAGUGUAACCAGUGAGCUCAGUGCCUGCCUUUGUCAGGCUCAGCAGAUAGACACCUCCGCGCUGGACAAUGUGAACGAAUCAGUGUGCAGUUUAUCAAGUGGCAUAUGGAUAAUAUGAUAAUGCUGCCUUUUCUCUCUCAAGCUGUUUCCAUGGAAACCUCCAGAGCCAAACAAAAGCCACCAGUCAUUCAAAAACCUUGCCUUGGCUCAGAGAUGUGAGCUUCUUUAAGGAAAGCUGUUUUCACACAUUUGGCUGUAGAAUAAGGGCUCUUACUCAUUACCCUAAGCUACAGAACAUGGUUCCCUUCCUACUGUUCUCUGGACAUAGUAAAUUUUUAAAAAUCUCUUCUGUGGGGUCAGUUUCCUGAAUUUCCCUCGGAUCUGCAAUGCCUUGCCUGAUAAAGCAAGGUUGGGGUCACUUCCUACAAUGAAGUCUGUUGCCUUAAAUACUGGUUUUACCCCCACAUGUUCCUAGAAGGGACAUUAAUGUCUUGAACUUUAAGGUAGACAUAUUUAAUGACCAGAGUAUGAUACUUUGCAAAAAUGGAAAAUGCUGAAACAGUUAAUUAAGCUUACAGAAUUCAUACAGGCCACUCUGCCGUAGCCAGGGUCAGUCAUCACAAAAACACAAAACAGACACUUGAUGUGGUAGAACACAGCUGUAAUCCCAGCACCUGGGAGGCAGGGGCAGAAGGAUUGCAAAUGUUAAGCCAGCCUGAGCUAUCUAACAAGAUCCUGCCUCAAAAGCUAACCAAUGGGCAUGUAUUUGAGGGUGGGGUCAGUUUUCCUGCAUGCGCUAAGCCUGGAUUUAAUCCAGUGGUAUUUUAACCAGUGGCCAAUGCAACUGCCCUGCUUUGAGCCUUCCAAGUUCUGUUAAAAUAGGGUAGGGUCAAACUCAGGAGGGGUGGCAGACUUGUAAAAGCUACUUUUCAAAGUGAAGAGGACAAUUGUUAAUAUUUUCUGUGUCUAAUCAAACUGAAUAGAUUUAACAGUCUGAUCUGUUUAUAAAUCUUUUUUACCUUAGGAACUUAAAACCACAGUCUGAAAGUCUGUUACCAGCUGGUGUCAUUAUCUUUCUGUCUGGCUGAAUUUUAUAAGUUUUGUUUUAUUUUGUUUUAAAUGCCUUAGGGCAGCAAAAUGUGUCUAAAAUAGGUCUGUUGCCAUAUUGUGAAUUCCAUAUCAUCAUUUAAUGAACUUCGGUGUCCUUAGACAAUUAAAUAGUGGCUUCAUAAAAUGAAUCUACCAAACCAUUUCAGCAUCUUCUACUCCUUACACACAUGAACUUUUUUUUUUUUUUUUUUUUUUGGUCUUUUGGAUUUGGUUUUUUUUUGAGACAGGGUUUCUCUGUAUAGCCCUGGCUGUCCUGGAACUCACUCUGUAGACCAGGCUGGCCUCGAACUCAGAAAUCCUCCUGUCUCUGCCUCCCAGAGUGCUGGGAUUACAGGCAUCUGCCACCACCGCCCGGCACACAUGAACUUUUGAGUUCAUGCCCUGUUGUGUUUAUAACAGUUUGGUAACCCCAGUCCUCAAACCCAUGUCUUAAUAUGGCUUAAAUAUUUUUUAAAAAGCAGGUCUUAUCAUACUGUCCAACCUGGCUUCAAACAUGUUAUCCUCUAGUCUCAGUCUCCUAGAUACUAGACUCGUGCACGCACUGCCAUGCCGGCCUUUGUCUGCCUUUGUCUUAGUAUGUAGCCUAGGCUAGCCUUGAACUUGGAGCAAUCCUCUUGCUUCUGCCUCACAAACUGCUAAGGUUACAAGAAGUAUGUGUCACUACGCCUGCCUUUUAGGCUUAUUUCUUGAGUCAAGUCCAGUGAGCUUGUCUAUUUCCUGUCCACUACACAUUGAUACAAACAUGGUAAGAACUGCUGGCUCUGGGACAAUUGUGAGAAAGCCCCCACUCCUACUUUACCUCCUUACUACAUGCUAAAGGUCAGAUCCCCAUCUGCAUGCCACUUCCUCUUCAGUUCCCCAACCUCAGGAGCCCGUGGGCCAAUGAUUUCCAUACCCUACACGUAGUUUCGUCCUACAGCAGACUAAGCUGGAUCCUUGACUGACCCAGGAGGCUGCAUGCAUGCUGUCUAGAGCCUCGCUCAGCACAGUGCUGGCCUCAUCCCCACACCAGCCAUUGUAACUCUAAUGUGUCCUCGUUCCAGAGCCACAGUCUUCUCACCUAGGCAGGAAUGUGACAACACUCAGCCUUGUGAAAACCUCUGGGUGCUUAUGGACCUGUCACACAAAAGGGAAUGAGUGUUUGAUAGUACUUGUAUCUCAAUUAUUUUAAUAAAACUUGCAUUUAAAAAGUCA